AAACUGGUCCUAAAAAUAAGACUAGUGCCUGGAGAAAAAAAUGGCGUUCCGGAGCAGCAGCUGCCAUGGUGCAUCUGCCGUUUGCUAUCAAAUUCCAUCGUUACCAAUCACCACCCACCGCCGAUUUACCAAAACCCACCUCCCGAUUUGCCUGAAAUUCAAAAGGGUUAGCCUGAAAACAAGGGCAACGACGUCUUCCAAUUCAGAGCCAAGUAGCAGUGAAAUCGAGUGUAUUGGAACAGGAACAGAUGUAGAAUGUGUGGUAGCUAAUUCCGAAGGAAAACAAGGAGGAGGAGCAGAAUAUGAAAUAUCAUUAUCCGAAAAAGGGUCUUGGUCUUCAUUGAUACAAUUGGUAUGGGAAUGGGGUUUAGUCGUUUCUCCAUUUUUCUUUUGGGGUACAGCUAUGGUUGCUAUGAAGGAAGUUUUGCCCACAACCGGCCCGCUUUUCGUAUCAUGGUUUCGCUUGAUUCCUUCUGGAUUACUUUUAGUUUCUUUUGCUGCUUCUCGUGGCAAAGAUUUUCCAUCUGGGUUCAAUGCUUGGUUUUCUAUUGCUCUUUUUGCUCUUGUUGAUGCUACUUGUUUUCAGGGUUUUUUAGCAAAAGGAUUGGAAAAGACGUCUGCUGGUCUUGGCAGUGUUAUAAUUGAUUCACAGCCUUUGACAGUCGCUGUUCUUGCAUCCUUGCUAUUUGGUGAAUCCAUUAGUAUAUUUGGGAUUGCAGGCCUUGUUCUUGGUAUUGUAGGCCUUGCACUUCUUGAGCUACCUGCCAUAUCAUUUAAAGAGAAUAAUUUUUCUUUAUGGGGGAGCGGGGAAUGGUGGAUGCUUCUAGCAGCUCAAAGUAUGGCUGUUGGUACAGUCAUGGUGCGAUGGGUUUCUAAAUACUCGGAUCCUGUUAUGGCAACUGGAUGGCACAUGGUUCUUGGUGGGAUUCCGCUAGCAGCAGUGUCGAUUCUUGUUCAUGAUCCGGCUGUUAAUGGAGGAUUGAAUGAGCUCACAACAAAUGACCUUUUCGCGCUUUUGUAUACCUCGGUUUUUGGCAGUGCUAUCAGCUAUGGCCUAUACUUCUACAAUGCUACAAGAGGUAGCUUGACAAAGCUUAGCUCUCUUACCUUUCUAACACCAAUGUUCGCUUCAGUUUUUGGUUUCCUUUAUCUUGGAGAGACCUUCUCACCUGUUCAGCUAGCAGGAGCUGUUGUUACUGUUGCUGCCAUAUAUAUGGUCAACUACAAGAACGCUGUCAAAUGAACGAAAUUAUUGUUAUACUCAUGUCAUGAAGAUCUAGCAAUCAAAAGGACUGUAAAUAGUGACCCAGUGGGUAUAUGUAUAGAUUUAUAGAUAUACUCCGCGCAUAUCUAGUAUAAAACAAGCAUUCAAUAGUACACACUGAAAUAUGCUUGUAGAUGUACAAUUCAAUGUAAAUGUUAACUUUUUAGCACAUUUAAAUGUAAA